AUGCUUGAAAUUCAGUUCUGGGAAGUGAUCUCUGAGGAACACGGUAUCAAACCUGAUGGAUCCUAUCAUGGUGACUCGGAGCUUCAGUUGGAGCGCAUUAACGUAUACUAUAACGAAGCCAGUGGUGGAAAGUAUGUGCCGAGAGCGAUUCUCGUAGAUUUGGAACCGGGAACAAUGGACUCAAUUCGGGGUGGUUCCUAUGGACAGUUGUUUCGUCCUGACAAUUUCGUAUUUGGUCAGAGUGGAGCGGGCAAUAACUGGGCGAAGGGACAUUACACAGAAGGUGCUGAAUUGGUGGAAAACGUAAUGGAUGUUUUACGUAAGGAAGCAGAAGGGUGCGAUUGUCUUCAGGGUUUUCAAUUGACACAUUCACUUGGUGGAGGUACUGGUGCGGGAAUGGGAACUCUUUUGAUAUCGAAGAUCAGAGAGGAAUAUCCAGAUAGAAUUAUGGGCUCAUUCUCAGUAGUUCCAUCACCUAAGGUAUCUGACGUUGUAUUAGAGCCGUACAAUGCAACGCUAUCAGUUCAUCAAUUAGUUGAAAAUACUGAUGAGACGUUUUGCAUUGAUAAUGAAGCAUUAUACGAUAUAUGCUUGAGGACACUGAAACUUAGCAGCCCGACUUAUGGAGAUCUCAAUCACUUAGUAUCGAUGACAAUGUCUGGAGUGACGACGUGCUUGCGUUUCCCAGGGCAGCUGAAUGCAGACUUGCGCAAGUUGGCAGUGAACAUGGUACCAUUUCCACGUCUUCACUUCUUCGUGCCUGGAUUUGCACCGCUUUCAGCUCGUGGAUCGGUUGCUUAUAGAGCAGUUAACGUUGCUGAAUUGACGCAUCAGAUGUUCGAUUCGAAGAACAUGAUGGCCGCAUGUGAUCCAAGACAUGGACGUUAUCUCACAGUGGCAGCCAUAUUCCGGGGUCGUUUAUCUAUGCGUGAUGUUGAUGAACAGAUAUUCCAAGUGCAGAAUAAGAACUCGUCGUAUUUCGUGGACUGGAUUCCAAACAACGUAAAAACAGCGGUUUGUGAUAUUCCACCUCGCGGACUUACAAUGAGUGCGACUUUUAUUGGUAACACAACAGCAAUUCAAGAACUAUUCAGACGCAUCUCGGAGCAGUUCACUGCGAUGUUCCGUCGAAAAGCAUUCCUGCAUUGGUAUACUGGCGAAGGAAUGGAUGAAAUGGAGUUCACAGAAGCAGAGAGUAAUAUGAACGAUCUGAUAAGUGAAUAUCAACAAUAUCAGGAUGCGACAGCAGAUGAUAAUGAGUUCGACGGUAAUGAAGAGGGAGAGGGCGAUUCAAACGAGAAGGAGUUCGAUGAUUAA